AUCGUACGUACGCCCACCCUAUAAAGCCAGCCAUGUCGCUUCCUCAGCUUAAACCAUCCAGCCUCCAGAGCCACCACCACACCAUCGGGAGUCGUCGCAUCGUCCCCUCUUUCUCCUCCUCCACUUGCAGCACCGGCAGCGGCCUCCGCUCGUCUUCGCUUUCCGCUGGGCUCCGUGGCGGUGCGCAGCUGAUCGUGCGGUGCUCCUCCGUUGGCCCGUCCGAGGUGGUGCCGACCAGUAGUAGUAGCGGCGGCGGCGGCGACGGUGUGCUUCUUCCGCCAUGGCAGGAAAGGGCGGUGCUUCGGUGCGCGUCAAGGCGGUGGCGACGGUUAAGGUCACCGUUGGUGGGUUCCUCGAUGGGCUGAGGCCGUCGAGGACGCUGGACGAUGUGAAGGACCUCAUCGGCAGGUCCAUGGAGAUCGAGCUCGUCAGCGCCGAGCUUGACGCCAAGACGGGGGAGGAGAAGCAGACGAUCAAGAGCUACGCCCACAAGGUGGCCGACAACGACGUCCAAGUCGUAACCUACGAAGCCGACUUCAACGUGCCGGCGGGGUUCGGCCCCGUCGGCGCCGUGCUGGUCUCCAACGAGCACGGCACGGAGAUGUUCCUGGAGGACGUGAAGGUGGUCACCGCCGGCGGCAACUCGCCGCCCGACGUCAUCCGCUGCGACUCCUGGCUGCCGCCCAAGUCCGGCGACGCCAACCGCGUCUUCUUCGCCAACAAGCCUUACCUGCCGAGCCAGACUCCUCCGGGUCUCCAGGCCUACCGGAAGAAGGACCUCGCCAAGAAGCGCGGUGACGGCACCGGGCAGAGGAAGGCCACCGACCGGGUCUACGACUACGACGUGUACAACGACCUCGGGUCCGGCGAGGAGCUCGGUGCCUCCGGCUCCCGCCCCGUCCUCGGCGGCAACAAGCAGUUCCCCUACCCGCGGCGCUGCCGCACCGGCCGCCCCCGAUCCACCAAAGGUACGUACGUAUACACGACAAAGUCAAGAGAUACUACGUACGUACUCCUACAGUGCAUGAACGUGUGUGGUACAUGGGUAACUCGUGCAAAUUGCGUACGUGCAGACCCGCAGUCGGAGACGAGGAGCGGCGACGUCUACGUGCCGAGGGACGAGGCCUUCUCGGAGGUGAAGAACGUGCAGUUCUCGGUGAAGACGCUGCAGUCGGUGCUCCACGCGGCGGUGCCGGCGGUGCAGUCGACGCUCAUCGACCCCAACCAGGGCUUCCCCUCCUUCUUCGUCAUCGACAAGCUCUUCGAGGACGGGGUUGAGCUGCCGCGCGCCGAGGAUCUCGGCUUCCUCCGCGCCGCCGUGCCGCGCCUCCUCGAGUUCCUCCGCGACGGCCCCGGCGACAAACUCCUCCUCUUCGACGCCCCCGCAAAUGUCCAGAAGGACAAGUUCGCGUGGUUGCGGGACGAGGAGUUCGCCAGGGAGACGCUGGCCGGGAUCAAUCCGUACGCCAUCGAGCUUGUCAAGGAAUUUCCUCUCAAGAGCAAGCUGGACCCGGCGGUGUACGGGCCGGCCGAGUCGGCGAUCACCGCCGAGCUGCUGGAGGCUCAGAUGGGGCACGCCAUGACGGUGCCCGAGGCGGUGAAGAACAAGAGGCUCUUCAUGCUCGACUUCCACGACCUGUUCCUGCCCUACGUGCACAAGAUCCGCGCCCUGCAGCACACCACCAUGUACGGCUCCCGCACCAUCAUGUUCCUCACCGACGACGGCACGCUGCGCCUCCUCGCCAUCGAGCUCACCCGGCCGGCCUCACCCAUGAUGCCGCAGUGGAGGCAGGUCUUCACUUCCUCCACGGACACCACCAAGUCGUGGCUGUGGCGGAUGGCCAAGUCCCACGUCCGCGCCCACGACGCCGGCCACCACGAGCUCGUCACCCACUGGCUGCGCACGCACUGCGCCGUCGAGCCCUACAUCCUCGCGGCCAACAGGCAGCUCAGCGAGAUGCACCCCAUCUUCCAGCUGCUGCGCCCGCACUUCCGCUACACCAUGCGGAUCAACGCGCUCGCACGCUCCGCCCUCAUCAACGGCGGCGGCAUCAUCGAGCUCACCUUCUCCCCGCAGAGGUACGCCAUGGAGCUCAGCUCCGUCGCCUACGACAAGCUCUGGCGCUUCGACAUGGAGGCCCUCCCCGCCGACCUCGUCCGCAGGGGCAUGGCGGAGGAGGACCCCACGGCGGAGCACGGACUCAAGCUCGCCAUCAAAGACUACCCGUUCGCCAACGACGGGCUCCUCAUCUGGGACGCCAUCAAGGGGUGGGUUCAGGCGUACGUUUCCAGCUACUACCCGACCGCCGCCAGCGUCACGGGCGACGCGGAGCUGCAGGCUUUCUGGACGGAGGUGCGCACAGAGGGACACGCCGACAAGAAGGACGCGCCGUGGUGGCCCAAGCUCGACACGCCGGAGAGCCUCGCGCACACGCUCACCACCAUCAUCUGGGUCGCGGCGGCGCACCACGCGGCCGUCAACUUCGGGCAGUACGACUUCGGCGGCUACUUCCCGAACCGCCCCUCCAUCGCACGCACCAACAUGCCGGUGGAGGAGCCCGUGGACGCCGCCGCCUUCGACAAGUUCCUGGACAACCCGGACCAGGCGCUCCGGGAAUGCUUCCCGUCGCAGGUGCAGGCAACGCUGGUGAUGGCGGUGCUGGACGUGCUGUCCAGCCACUCCCCCGACGAGGAGUACCUGGGAGGGAUGGAGACUGCCCCGUGGGGCGGCGACACCGCGGUGCGGGCGGCGUACGUGAGGUUCAACGAGCAGCUUAAGGCGGUGGAAGGGAUCAUCGACGGAAGGAACAAGAACAGGAAGCUCAAGAACCGGUGCGGCGCCGGCAUCGUGCCGUACCAGCUCAUGAAACCAUUCUCGCAGCCCGGCGUCACGGGCAAGGGCAUUCCCAACAGCACCUCCAUCUAAUCAAACAUAGCUUCCGUGAAUCUAGUAGACUUCGUUGUCCGUUGUUAAAUGUACGUAUUUAUUUAAGCUCCACACUUCAUAUCUGUAUGUGUAUAUCCAUUCUAUUAAUAAGUUCAGAUUUACUACUUA